AUGGAUUGCCAAAGUUUUAUCGGCAAUGCCUCGGUCCAACUGAGAGACUCCAUGGAAGAUAGUUCCAAUCAACGCCCCAUCUUCAGCUCUGUGCAGGGGCAAUCCACGGUCCAGGAAUCCUAUUCGGUCGAAUCGAUCAACACGAUCACGACGGUGGCUCCGGCCGUGACCAUCGUGGCGUCGAUCAUCUGCGGCGUGGUUUCGGAUAUCUACGAUGCAAAGGUAGGGUUGAUUGCGACGACGGCGGGAUUAAAUGUAUUUGCGUGUGCAGUUCUCGCUAUCUGGAAUGUACCGGUCGGACUCAAAUUCUUUGCGUUUUUCCUGUCGGGGACGGCGAACGGCAUUGCGGACAUCGUGUACGCGUGGGCGAAUGAGAUCUGCUCGGGGGAUGCAGAGGAGAGGGCGUUGGUGAUUAGUGCUAUGAAUACGGUGGGUAAUGCGUUUGGGGCGUGGAUUCCAUUAUUUGUGUGGAAAACGGUCGAUGCGCCGCGGUAUCUAGUCGGAUAUAAUUGGAAUCUGGCCUUGGAUGCGAGUAUGUUCGUGAUGGUGUUUGUUCUCAGGGCGUUUUGGGUGCGAGAGAAGAGAAGAAUGACAGCCAAUUGA